AAAAAGAUACAGUACUUUCUUCUUCAGCUUCAUUGUCUGUCCCCCAUUUCUUGGUCUCUCUCUGUGCCAAGAGAGAGUCAGGUUAGAUAAGUUGUGAGAAAUGAAGGUGGUGGAGCAUUUAUUCUGGUAGAAUUAUCAACUAUGGAGAUGAAAAAUUCUUCUUCUUCUUUUUCAUGUGCUAGUAGUAGUAGCCUAGAAGAGGUGUCUGUAUCAUUUGGGAGGUUUGAGGGUGAUUGUUCUGCUUCAUGGGAGAAAUGGUCUUCUUUCUCACCAAAUAAAUAUUUGGAAGAAGUUGAGAAAUGUUCUACACCUGGUUCUGUAGCUCAAAAGAAGGCUUACUUUGAAGCUCAUUACAACAAGCCCAUUGUUGUUGCUGCUGCUGCUGCUGCUGCUAGUAAUCAAUACCAACAACAAACAGACACAGAUGUUUCUCCUGCCGUUCCUCAAGAAAUGGAUGAUUUAGAAUUGUCUAAUAAUAAUGAUCAUGGUAAGAUUAUCAUGACUGAAGUGACUGAUCCUGUUUUUGAUGUCAAAAUUGAAAAUUGUCAAAUAUUGCUUCAAGAGAAUAUCCAUCUAACCGAAUCUUUGGAGAAGGAGGUCACUGUGGAUGCAUCUGAGAAACCUCAAAAGGUAGAAAUCAACAAGAAACCUCAAAAGGUAGAAAUCAAGAAGAAACCUCAAAAGGUGGAAAUCAAGAAGAAAUCACCUUUGCCAUUAUUAACCAAAUCAACUAAGUCAACCUCUACUACUACUGUGGUUGCUUCUUCUUCUUCUUCUGCAAACGUGGUUACAUCAAUGGGAAAAAGCAUAAGUCCAGCCACAGACAGGAAAACAAAUUAUGCUAAUUCAUCAUCAUCCUUGCAUAAUAAUAUGUCUAUGAGCUUAUUAUUAGGUCAUGAUGCAACAACAACAACAACGAGAAAGUCGCUGAUUAUGGAGAAAAUGGAGGAUAAGGACAUUGUUAAACGAGCAUUCCGAACAUUCCAGAAUAAUUUCAAUCAAUCAAUUAGGUCUGCUGUGGAUGUGGCUGAUGAGAAGAAUAAAUCUACCCAAAGAAAACAGCUCUCAAUAUCAACUACUAGUCAGACUCAGACAAAACUCAACCAAAACGACAGCACUAGGAAGAAGACAACGACGCCAACACCAUUAGUAAAGGCCGAUAUACAGGGAAGCCAACCAGGAAGCAGCAAAGUGACCAAGUCACCCGGGUUACCAAAAGCAUCAGCUGUGGACCAAAGGAAGGCAAAACCUGCACCAUCUCCUGGCCUGAGAAACGACGACGAGAAGGAGGACAGAGCUGAAACAUUGAAGGAGAAGAAGAAAUUGGAGGAUAAAUCAGCCAAAUUAAAAGGAAAAACACAUCUCAGCACAAUUCCAAAGGGGAAAGGAGGGAAGGCUCAAGUCAUAGGUCAACCAAAGCCAAAGUCCAAAGUCAUUUAUCAGGAGGGAAAGACUACAACAAAGGGUGGCCUGUUGGAAAUGGAAGGCGCCAAAAAUGAGAAACACCGUCAACCAGAAUUGCGUGUAUGAGAAUGAUCUCCAUAAAUUAUUAAGACCCACAUAUAUUUGUACUUAUGGAUCCUCAUUCAUAGUUUUUCAUCUAUUGGUUCAGUUGAUCCAUACACUGAAUACGAUCAAUCAAAGGUAAGAAGUAACAAACAAAACAAACCAAAUCUUUAUUUAUCAUUUGAAUUUGGAAAAAAGAAUCAUGGAGAGAUCGAAAGAGUUAUGUU